UUAACGCACACCGACAGAAAGUGAGCUCUUCUGCUGCCGUGAAGCUGAAAACCUGAAGAAAAAACCCCGCAAAGAUGUCCGCAUGUGAGUUUGAAUCGUUGGAGAAGAGUCUGGAGAGUCACCUGCCUGAAGCAGAGCUGGCAGAGGUUAAACGCAUCUUAUACGGAAAGGAAACAAAGAAUUUGGAGCUCCCAACAUGUGCUGUGGAGGCUGCGUCUGAGCGUGACUUUGAGCUGAGGGGUUACGGGUUUGAAGCUACCCAGGAACAACUGAGGCCACCCAGAAGGAUCCGGGUGGGACUCGUCCAGCAUCGCAUUGUUCUGCCCACUGAUGCCCCCAUCCUUGACCAGAUCAAUGCCAUGCAUAGCCGGAUUGGUGAAAUUGUGGAGGUGGCAGCCAUGUGUGGUGUAAACAUCGUCUGCUUUCAGGAGACCUGGACCAUGCCCUUUGCUUUCUGCACCCGGGAGAAAGAACCAUGGACAGAGUUUGCAGAGUCUGCUGAAGAAGGAAACACCACACGUUUCUGCCAAGAGCUGGCCAAAAAGUACAACAUGGUCAUUGUUUCCCCAAUUCUGGAGCGGGAUGAGAUGCACAGCACUCUGUGGAACACGGCAGUGGUGAUCUCCAACUCUGGAAAUGUGCUGGGAAAGAGCAGGAAGAACCAUAUUCCCAGGAUUGGAGACUUUAAUGAGUCUACAUAUUAUAUGGAGGGUGACACUGGUCACACAGUGUUCCAGACGCAGUUUGGGAAAAUAGCUGUGAAUAUCUGCUAUGGGCGACAUCACCCUCUCAACUGGUUCAUGUACAGUAUGAAUGGAGCUGAGAUCAUCUUCAACCCCUCGGCUACUGUUGGAGCUCUGAGUGAGCCCAUGUGGCCAAUAGAGGCCAGGAAUGCAGCAAUAGCUAACCACUGUUUUACUUGUGCAAUCAACCGUGUCGGGACGGAACAUUUCAAAAGUGAAUUCACUUCUGGUGAUGGAAAAAAAGCUCACCACGACUUUGGACACUUCUAUGGAUCCAGUUACGUGGCGGGUCCUGACGGCAGCCGCACCCCGGGGCUCUCCAGGACCCGCGACGGACUCCUGGUGGUGGAAAUGGACCUCAACCUGAACCGACAAAUCAGUGACAAAUGGAGUUUUAAGAUGACUGGGCGAUACCCUGAGUAUGCAGAGGAGCUUACAAAGGCUGCCAGGCAUGACUUCAAACCUCAAAUAGUGAAGGAGUAGAUGAUAUUCCACAUGAAUCCAGUAGAUUUACUGCAGUAUCUCCACAUAUGUUACACACUAACUUCAGUUCUUUUAAUUUCAAUGACAUUUUGUGCUCAGUAUAUUCUGUCCUAAUGAUACAGUUGUCUGUGAUUGGUUCAGAUUUGUCAUCUUACAAUUAAAAAAAAAAGAUCUGGUUUAUUUCUCUCUGCUAAAACAUGACAAGUGUGUG